AUGAUAGAGAUCAAAAAAAUUAGUAAGACAACAUAAGGUUAUACUCCUAUAAAUUAACAAACUUAGAAUAAAAUAAAUAAUCCAGUUAAGGCAAAUAAUGAAGAUGAGUAGAAAAACUUUUUAAAAUUGCAGGCAAUACUCGAAUAAAAACCAAAAAAUGAUAAGAACUCAAAAUCUAAUACAAAUAAUAAGAGUUCAUCUUAAGGUAUUCCUGAAUUGAAGAUUAAAGAUCAUAAUGGGUCUAAACAAAAUAAUAAUGUGAUAAUAAAGAAAAAUGAUGAAUAGAAAAAGUAAAUAAAAGAGCUUGUAGUAAAGUAAAAGGAUGAUGAUAAACGUCAUUCAUAAUAAGAGAUAAGCAAAUAUGAAAAAAUAAAGAAGUAAAUUAAGCCGAAUCAUUCUACUUCAAUAUAAUAAAUAACAAAAUAGAAAGAAGAAAAAGACUCUUCUUAUUAGCCUUUGAAAAUACAUAAGCCUAUAUUAAAUAAGGAGAAAGUCAUUUAAAAAGAUGAAGAUGAAAUAAAAGAGAAUUUGAAUGACAUAAUAAUUUAAAAGAAAAAUCCUCAGAAUAAUAUUGAAAAGUAAGAGAUAAUAAGGAAAGAUUAUAAAUAGGAGGCUAUUACAAAGGAUCAACUGUAAGAAAUUAUAAAGAAGGAUCAGAAGUAAGAAGUUAUAAAGAAAGAUCAGACAGAUUAAGCAAAGAAAAUUUAACCUUAAGUUAAAGGGUAAAAUAAUAUUUAGCAAGUGAAUAGGUUAGAUAUAGGAAAUUAAAAGCUUAUGGAAUUAUUAAAUUAAUCUAGUCAUAAUACGAAGAAGAAUAAGAAUAAGGAGAAAUAGAAGUAAGAGGAAUAAAGGUUGAAGGAAUAGAAAAAUUAGAGUAAAUAGAAAAGUUCAACUUCUGUGAAUAAGGAUAAAAUAAAAGAGUUAUAAAAUUAAAAAUCGAAACCAUUUUCAAUUAAGCCUUAGAUAAAGGAUUUAAGUAUUUAGAAGUAGAAUAGGUAAAAGAAUUAAGUAAAUGAUGAUUAUGAUUUAAAUGAUUCUUUUAUAAAUGAUUCUGAAAGUGUGGAUAUGGAGAUAGAUCCAAAAGAGGUAGUAUCUGAAUUGAAGAAAUUGUAAUAAAGGUAUUUAUUAAAGUUUAUUAGUGCAGGAAGAAGGAGAGAAGAAGGUUAAAUGAUGAAGAGGAUGAGAUAGAGGAUGAUAUAGAGGAAGCAGAUUUUGAUACAAUGUUGAAAGAGGAAAAGAAGUCUAGGGUGUUAGGAAUAAUAGAUGAUUAUAGAGAAGAGAAGUAUAUAAAGAAAGAGAUAAAAAGAGAAAAGAAAGAGAAGAAAAAAAUGAUGGAAAAGAAAAAUAAAUAAGAGAAUAAAAUAAAAGAGGGGUAAUGA